CAUACUCCUCUUUUUUCGCGCCGCCAAGCGUUGCCGCUGCGAGUUCCGGCAGCCGGCUUCUCUCUUUUUUAUUUUUAUAUUUUUUUUCUUGUCGGGCAUUUGGUUGACUGGAUAUCUUUCUGGCACCCUCUGACUCCUUGUGACGAGAAAAAGGGAAAAGGGAGAGCCCGCGUCCUGGAGAUCAAGCUGCGGUAUGGGUUCGUGAUUGCUAGGGUUUUCUGGGACACUUUCAUUCUCGAGUUGCCGCGGUCGGUGACUGAAUUUCCCUGGUUUAUCCUUUGCAGUCGGAACGCCGUCGAUUUCUAGCUCCUUUUUGCUGCCUUUCCUUCUUCUUCUUCUGCAUUUAGGGUUUCUUGUUGCAAUCGAUCGUGAAGGCCUGCCGAAAUUUCCACAGCACGAGGUCCAGCUUAUCCUACAUUGGGUUGUUAAGGCGCUUCAUUGAUUUCUUUGACGACUCUUGGGAUUCUUCAGAGACGGUUGUGCACGAGCGGUUUGAUUUCUUGGAAGCGCGGCUUCUUCCCACCUAAUUUUGGUUUGUUGCGCAAUGCUCUGGAUCCUUCAUCGAUUUCAGGGUUGCAUCUAUUAGGUUGGAUCAAGAUGGAGUGGAUUUCGAACGAUCUGACUGAGAUCAUGCGGAGGCCGGCGAUCGUUGAGGCGAUGGUCGAUAUCUUGAUCUGUGUGGUUCCGAUAUGGGUGGCCGUAAUGAUUGGCCUGGUGAUCGGGUGGUCGUGGAAGCCGAGAUGGACUGGGUUGCUCUUUCUGGGCCUUAGAAGCAAGUUUCGCUUCUUCUGGACGGCCAUUCCUCCAGGAUUGGGGGCACGGCGCCUCUGGUUUGCUUUCACUGCUCUCUCGGCCUUUUCCGUGCUCCGCCGGCUAUGGUCCAACUUCUAUAUUUCCAAAUCGAAGAGUGAAGGGUCUCUCUUUGUGGAAUCGUCCGUGAUGGAUGAUGACUCUGAAGGGAUACAUUCUGAUGAUUCUGUUGGAGUGAAGGAUGCGGUUACCGAAAAAGAUCUUGAGCACCUAUUUCAUGUCAUGGAGGGUAAGGAUGGGGCCGUAGCUUGGCAAAGUAUGAUGGAUCGCACUACUCCUAACAUGACUUACCAAGCUUGGCGAUAUGAACCUGUGGUGGGUUCCACACAGUAUCGCAGCAAAACUGUUUUUGAAGAUGCAACUCCAGAGAUCGUCAGGGAUUUCUUUUGGGAUGAUGAAUUUCGAACUAAAUGGGAUCCAAUGCUUAUCUAUUGUGAUCUAUUAGAGGAAUGUCCUUCAACAGGAACAACAAUUGUUCAUUGGAUAAAAAAGUUCCCUUUCUUCUGCAGUGAUCGAGAAUACAUAAUUGGUCGUCGGGUAUGGGAAUCUGGCAAGUCAUUUUAUUGUGUGACAAAGGGAGUUCCACAUCCAUUGGUGCCCAGGCGUGACAAACCACGGCGAGUGGAUCUCUAUUUUUCAAGCUGGUGCAUAAGGCCUGUGGAAUCUCGGAAAGGUGAUGGUCAAUUGUCUGCUUGCGAGGUGACACUCAUACAUUAUGAGGACAUGGGCAUCCCAAAGGAUGUAGCAAAAGUAGGUGUUCGUCAUGGGAUGUGGGGCGCUGUAAAGAGAUUGCAGUCUGGUGUCAGAGCAUAUCAGAACGCCAGGAAAUUAGGGGCCUCACCAUCAAAGUAUGCUCUUUCUGCACAAAUAAGCACAAAAGUUCCUUCAGACUGUAGCUCCAAACCUCCCGAAUCCUCAACCCAGCCCGCAGUUGUUAACAACGAGAAUGCUCCGACUCUGAACCUGCAAAGGGCAGAAAACGCGAAUCAUUGGAAGUGGAUUGUCAUAGGUGGCACUGUAGCCGUGGUUUGUGGCCUCCAUACGGGUAUGUUGGGCAAGGCUUUACUAUUUGGAGCGGCACGAAGGCUUGCAAGAAAGUGAACUUCCAUAAAAUACGUGCUUGUAAGCAUUGGAGACUCGGUCUUUCUUGUGACAUGAAUUGGAGAUUGGAAAAUACGGCAGGAGUUGGAAGCUACUUAUAAUUUUGCUCUCUUUCUGCAGCUGAGCUGGCAUCACCAUCGAUUUAUGUUUGUAUUUGUAAAAUAAGGGAUUUGGCAUUAAUAUAGUUGGUCAUCGUGCAUAAACUUGUGAUUUGUGUUCACAAAGGUAUUGUGGUAUGUCUAUGAGGCACGUCUGGGUUUCUUGUUUGCAGCUGCAAGGUCUAUCCGUGGUGGAAAGUUGUAUUGUAGAUUUCUUUCUGUUGACAUUUUCCCGUCAGCAUUGUGCUAUGUUAUACCGCAAUAUUCAAGGUGCGCUCAACCAUGUCAGGCACAUUUACAUGGA